AUGCCACGAGACCCGACAGUCAACCCGAAGCUGACCCGCCUUCGACGCGCUUGCGACAUGUGCUCCCAACGCAAAGUCAAGUGCGAUGAGGCCGGUCCGCCGUGUAGACCAUGCUCCGAACUCAACGUCGAAUGCACCUUCAAGCGAGAGCUGAAAAGGCGAGGACCUCCGAACAAACACGCCGAGGCUGCCAGAGCCGCUCGGAGGCAGAGAAUCGAGCCUGGCAUGGGUGGCUCGCCCACCACGGCUGCCUUCACCUCAUAUGGCGCUGCCGUUACACCUUCGCCUUCGCCGCACAACGCUGCGCAGGCUCUCGUUUCGAUAGCAGAAGGACCGGGCCGUUUGGAUGCAGAGGCCAUCGCACCUCUCCCCAUCCUCGAGCUCUUAAUCGACGACUUCUUCACCUACAUCCACCCGCUCGCCCCAUUCCCUCACGAACCGACUUUCAGACACUCCUUCGCAAACAGAGAGGACAGAACGAACCCCGAGUUUCUUGGUCUUCUGUCGUCCAUGAUAGCCUCUCUGGUGUCUUCGUUUCCCCGGAGUGCAAGGCAGCAUCUCAAGACUCAACACAGCACCCACCUUUUCCCGAGGGCGAUAGUCAUGAUUGAGAGGUGUCGAGAUAUUGCCCUCGAUACGCGGGGUCCGCGAUGGGCAUUGAAGCAAAAGACGUUGGAUGAUGCGGCUACCAGCUACUUCCUUGGGCUCGCGGCAGGCUACACUUUCCAAGUGCCCCGAUUCCGCUACUUCAUGUCCGAGUGUCUGUCUCUCAUUCGGGAGCUUGGCUUUCACCGGCCCAAGCAUCCCAAUGAGCUUCCCACCUUUGGCAACGACAACUGCUCGCCCGAUCCUUUACCAUUCCACCAUAUCAAGGACCAGAUUGGCAAGCGUAUCUUUUGGUGUCUUCUUCUCGGCGUUAGGUCUUUCUCGCAACUAGGCGCUUCCCAUGCUGACUUGGUCAUCGCCCCGUCGACUCCCGGACUGCCAUACCCUGCCCUGCCCGAGAACGUCGAUGAUCUUUACAUCAUGGCCAACGAAAUUGUGUAUCCGCCGGAAAGCUCUGUCACACUUCUCACUGGUUUCCGAUUUGCCGUCGACAUUUACACCACCAUGAACGCCAUUGUCAGCGUUGAGCUCGUUUACGGGAUGAGCACCCUUCCGUGGUCCGAUCAGAGGUCGCUGCUGAGAGACGCCCUCAUCGCCGCCAAGGACAUCAUUGACCGCCUUCCCCCUGAACUUCAGCUCAGUGCUUCUCACGAGCAGUCGAGCGGGUUCGGCACCCUCGAAGAUGCCGAUCUCCAAUACGUGCCUCCCGCUUACCCCAGUAGCCAGCCUCCCAACGAUGUUCGAAACGUGAUCAAGAAUCACCCCCAACGACGGCGGCAGCUUCAGUACGAGAUUCAAAAGGCCAACAUUUACAUCUCUCAAAUGGCCACGCGUUCCUUCUAUGUCGAGCUGUACUUCAACUUACGCGACGUCCACGUGUCCGACCCCAAUAAAGAAGAGCAAGUUGGGGAUAGUGCCGAGGAUGCAGAGGCUGCUCGCGUCUUUGAGUUGAUGACGGCAGAGCGGGAGCUGAUUGUGCAAAACCUCCUCCACGUGCUAGGCUCCAUCUCACAGCGUAACCUCGAACCUAACGGUGGUUCGCUCAUCAACAAAGUUCGACAAGUUGCUUCGACUCUCCUGAACGACGCCCCUGAGCGGAAAGGCCCAGUAGCUAUGAAGUCGGAGGAAGCGCUCGUGAAGCUCAUUGACGUCCUUCUCAAGCUUGAAGGAACCGGCCCAAGCGGCAGCAACAUAGCCGGAGAGAACAUGACACCGCAGGAUGAAGAAGAGGAGAUGCGCAACUGGGCUCAUCUGCGCGACUAUCAACAGCGCUUUGCUGCGCAUGGUGAUUUUGCUGGAAACAUUUGA